UUAGUUUUUAUUUACGCAGCUGCAAACAAAAAUUAAUUUUAAUUAAAUUUUUUAGUUUAAUAAACACUAAUUACUUCAAUUAAUUAAUAUUAUUUAAUAAUUAAGUGUCGUUAAUUAUCGAGUUUUAAAAAGUCGGAAUAAUUUGACAGUUUGGUGAAUUUAUUUUAGAGUGAAAACUGAGUUGGCGGGAAAUAAAUUUUUGUUUUAUUGUUUAUAAAUAUAUUAAUUAUUUUAUGAUAAUUAACAAUUGUUAUUAUUUUUUAAUAAUUAUAUAUUGAUAUUAAUAUGGCUGAGAAAUUGGAAGAUUUGAAUUUACCAAAUGCUGUUGUAACUCGAAUAAUAAAAGAAGCGUUACCUGAAGGCGUGACAAUUGGAAAGGAAGCCAAAGUAGCUGUCGCAAAAGCCGCGUCUAUUUUCAUUCUGUACCUGACAACAUCAGCAAAUACCGUAGCUAAAAAAACCAACAGGAAGACAAUAACUGGGCCGGAUGUCCUGCAAGCUAUGGAAGACAUUGAGUUCGACAGAUUCGUGGACUCUCUGCAGGACGCGUUGAAUAAUUUCCGCAAGUCCCAGAAGGAGAAGAAGGACGCGAGCAAGAAGAAAAACCAGAAGCCUGAUGAUAAAGACAGCAACGACGUGGAGAUAAUUGAGGACGAAUAGUUUGUGGUGUUUUUUUUAAAUUUAAUUUAAUUUAAAUAUUUUAUGUAAUACAUUAUAAAUUUUUUACACGCUGUAUUUAUAAAGAUUAACAAGUAAAUUAUUAAUAUUUAAGUCUA